CCUGUCCAUGGGUCCAGUGAUGUCCUCACCACCGUUGUUUUCACCGGCCAUCUUCUCUCCCUGGCGUCGGCAUCUUCAUCUCUGGUCAUCUCCUGUACUAUGUCCGCAGUCUCUGGUCAUCUCCUGUAGUAUGUCCGCAGUCUCUGGUCAUCUCCUGUAGUAUGUCCGCAGUCUCUGGUCAUCUCCUGUAGUAUGUCCGCAGUCUCUGGUCAUCUCCUGUAGUAUGUCCGCAGUCUCUGGUCAUCUCCUGUAGUAUGUCCGCAGUCUCUGGUCAUCUCCUGUAGUAUGUCCGCAGUCUCUGGUCAUCUCCUGCACUGUGUCCGCAGUCUCUGGUCAUCUCCUGUACUAUGUCCGCAGUCUCUGGUCAUCUCCUGUACUAUGUCCGCAGUCUCUGGUCAUCCCCUGUACGUCCGAAGUCUCUUGGUCAUCCCCUGUACUAUUUCCGCACUCUCUGGUUAUUUUCUGUACUGUGUCCGCAGUCUCUGGUCAUCUCUUGUACUAUUUCUGCAGUCUUUGGUCAUCUCC